CUAAAUAUAUAAGUAUGAGAAAGGUGAAGGUUCGUGCACUCGAUCACGACACAGCGCUUUCAUGAGGAUGUAUUGGGAAGAGUGUAUACGUGUGGCGGGAGUGCAGGUGAAACAGACCCCCAGGGAAACGGCUGUGUGGUCAGCGGGUCAUUCAGCAAGUUAUUAAUAUAGCCUAUACGGCCAACCAAUAGCAGUGCCACCGACAAAACUAUUGAUUUAUUUGAAGAAGGCGUCCAGGAACGGAGCAACAAAAUCAGCACGUCACUGAGUUCCACGAGAGUUUUAUUAAUAAUGGCACGACAAGGUUGGUGUGAGUUACAAACCCGGCCACAGGAAGUGAUUCCGAGGGGAUUCUUUAUGCAGUGGUGAGCGACGGAGAUGGCAGGCGGCGCAGGAGCAGCGAGGAGGAAAUCUGAGGGACCCCCGUCUCCGGUAUGGGGGACCCUGCGCACUCUAUGGGAGGAUAAGCAGCGGGUUCUGUUCAAACCCGAGUACACCCUGCUCGUGACCGCGGCUCUUUGGAUCGCCGAGAUCGGGAUCAAUAUCUGGGUGAUCCACCGUGUUGCAUAUACAGAGAUUGAUUGGAAAGCCUACAUGGAGGAGGUAGAAGGGGUUAUCAAUGGAACGUACGAUUACACUCAGCUGAAAGGAGACACUGGCCCCUUAGUGUACCCAGCUGGCUUUGUGUACAUCUUCACAGUGCUGUACUACGUGACGGGUCGGGGGAGGGAUGUUCGGCUGGCUCAGUACCUCUUCGCAGUCUUCUACCUCGUCACGCUACUCCUGGUGUUUCGUAUCUACCGCCACACCAGCAAGGUCCCCCCCUUCGUGUUCUUCUUCAUGUGCUGUGCCUCCUAUCGGAUCCACUCCAUCUUCAUCCUGCGGCUGUUCAACGACCCUGUGGCCAUGAUGCUUCUCUUCAUGGCGGUCAACCUCUUCCUGGACGGCCACUGGACGCUGGGCUGCUGCUUCUACAGUCUGGCAGUGUCUGUGAAGAUGAACGUGCUGCUGUUUGCCCCCGGGCUGCUGUUUCUGCUGCUCUGUGAGUUUGGGCUGCUGUGGAGCAUCCCUAGGCUCUCCCUCUGUGCAGCUGUACAGGUGGCACUGGGCCUCCCCUUCCUACUGGAGAACCCGCUGGGCUACGUGAGCCGCUCCUUUGACCUGGGCCGGCAGUUCCUCUUUGAGUGGACUGUGAACUGGCGCUUCCUCCCGGAGGAGAUCUUCCUCAGCCGCUAUUUCCACCUGGCCCUGCUGGGGGCGCACCUCUCCGUGCUGCUGCUCUUCACUCUGUACCGCUGGAACAGGUCUCAGGAGAGCAUCGUCUCCUUGCUGAAGGACCCAGCCCAGCGCAAACAGACCUUGCCGAAGCUCACCGCUGACCAGAUCACCUACACGCUGUUCACCUCCAAUUUCAUUGGGGUGUGUUUCAGCCGCUCGCUGCACUACCAGUUCUACGUGUGGUACUUCCACACGCUGCCCUACCUGCUGUGGAGCGGCCGGGUCACAAAGCUGGCUCCCCUGCUCAGGGUGCUGAUCUUGGGGCUGGUGGAACUGUCCUGGAACACCUACCCCUCCACAGUGUACAGCUCGGCCGCACUACACACCUGUCACCUCAUCAUCCUGCUGUCUCUGUGGUAUGGAGAGGAAGCUGCUGUCGACGUCGACAAACGCAAGUGAUCCCCGCCCAGCACCAUGGGAGGACCGUUCAAACAGGAAGGCCCUUCCCCGUCCAGUCCGAUACCAGGAGAAGGAGAGUCCAGUACUUUCUCAGUCUCUACACAGCAGAAUGUUCUGGGGGAAGGAAAGGCAGUGGGAUCUAGUGGUUAGAGAGUACAGGGCUAAAAAGCUUAUCCUCUGUCAGACCCUUGCAGCGCUAUAGGUAUUUCUGCAUAUGAAACCUUUAACAAAACAAAUUGCUUUACAGGUGUGGAAGGCUUCGGCAGUGUAUGGAAUUGGAGAAAUGCACGUCUUGGAGUCGCCACACCUCGCCAGUUCUAUCGGGAUUAUCUUGAGAUUAACCCACACUGAGAAUGUUGGACGUGGGAAGACCUUGAGUGAUAGUUUGAUUAAUUUCUUUUUUUCAUGUGAGUUUCUUUUUGCUAAAUGUGGCUACCUGGAUGAAAAGGCUGUAUCUGAUAUUCUGAGAAUGUGUUUGAAACGGAAACAGACUCGACACCAGUCAACCUGCUGCUAAAUUACCAGCGACAAAGAGCCAAAGAUAGAGGAGGAAAACCGAGGAAGGGACAAAAAAAAAAAGCAGGAUCUCGUUUCUAAUAAAGUUUCACUUUUCCAUGUG